AUGACAAAUUAUAACAAGUUUUCCAUCAUUGAAUUUACAUCAAAUUCUAACUAUCAACAACACUCCAACAAUAACUCAACUACAUGUCAGAAUUCAACACAACAAAAAGAACAACCAAAGAAAAGAGGAAGACCUGUCAAAACAUCCACAUCUACUACUAAUAAUAACAAUACACACAUGAUGAUUGUAAAAUCCACUGAAAUGUUAUCUACACAUGUGUUUUCACCUUCCAAAUUACAACCUUAUGAACAUGUAUUGACUCAAUUUGUUACAUGUGAUUUUUCGAAAGCUCAACAACAACAAUCCAUGAUUUCAAAAAAGAAGAAACAAGUGAGAAGGAAUCAAAACAAGGUGAAUUGUUCAAUAGAAAAUGAAUACUCUUCAACUUCAAAUCAAUCGAAUGCUGACUCAAUUGUACCAUUAUGCAAUUUUCUUGCAACAAGCUCUAUACUUGAUAAUUCUAGAUCUGAAUUAUCAAAUAGCACUACAAUGAAGAGGAUUAUCAGAACAUCCAUUUCAAUAAAAGAAUUAUUAAAUUAA